AUGUCAUAUCGAAGGUACCAGAAGCUGAAUCUUCUGGGCAAACUCUUUGUCUGGUUCCUCAUUUCAUUUUAUGUCUGUUUGGGGGUCGCUGUCCUCCUUAUAACUCCCCAUCGUAUUGGACAGUUCUUCUACGAUAUGGCUCAGAAAAUCAGUCACGAGAGGCUGGGCUGGCUUGUCCUAAGUUCCGUCAUGGUGGUUACGUCUUUCCCGCCCUUCAUCGGAUUCACCACAUCAGUGACUCUCUGCGGUUUUGCAUACGGGAUGGCUGGGGUCGCAAUAGCUCUUCCCAUAUCAAUAUUUGGAUCUGCCAUUGUCUUCUGCGUUCUUCGAUUGCUGUUUGCGAAGAGGCUGCAGAGGUGGUCUGCUUCGAACCAGAAAUGGCAGGCGCUAGAAGCCGUCAUUCGGUCCAAGGGACUACCCCUUAUCAUUUUAAUCCGGUUGUCGCCAUUCCCUCCAUGGGUCUAUUCGAAUACAUUGUUCGCUUCGAUUGAAGCAGUAUCUAUAUGGCAAUUUAUCAUUGCUACGACGUGUCUUGCUCCGAAGAUGAUUCUGCAUGUAUUCAUUGGAGCUCGGCUUGCCGCCCUGUCGGACGACCGACAGAGGGAGCAGAUGGAUCCCCAGACCAAGAUACUCAAUGCCGUCCUGGUUGCCGCAGGUAUCAUGAUAGGAAUGAUCGCCGGAUGGGUCGUGUACAAUCAGAUGCAGAGACAUAUUCGCCAUGUAGAAGGAUUACCUCCAGGGGUCGAUGAGCUGGCUGUAGAAGCCAUUGAAGACAUUGCGGAAGAGGGAGCUCCGUUGUUAGCCAACUUCUCUUCCGAAUCAUUGGACAAGGGUUCGGAUGUGGAUAUAGAACGACAGCACGUGCUUCAGCCACAGGGAAGCUCUAGGCAUUUAUCGCCCGCACCAUAA